AUGACUGGGGCCUCAACUGAUGAUGAUUCGUGCACCAGGGCCGUUGGAAGAUGCGCUGUCCUCUACUAUGGCGUGGGACAUAUGCUGAAUGAUAUAACAUCUGCUUGUUGGUUUACAUAUCUCUUAGUUUUCAUGACCGAUAUCGGCCUAUCCCCAAGAGAUGCUGCCAUUGUCAUGCUCUCUGGUCAAAUUGCUGAUGGCUUCAUGACUGUAUUUUCGGGUGAACUGAUUGACAGGUAUGGGAGCUUCAAGCUAUGGCAUGCUGCGGGAUCUCUUUUGGUUGCAGCUUCAUUUUCUUCCGUCUUUGGUGGCUGCAUGCCUUGCAAAGUUAUAGGGUCCUAUUCAUCUAGUGCACAAACCAUCAGUUAUAGCGUCUUCGCUGCAAUUUUCAACAUUGGCUGGGCUGCUACUCAAAUUUCACACAUGUCUAUGGUGAACUGCAUCACCCUGAAUUCAACUAGCCGAGUAGUUAUGACCAGUUGCCGUAAUGCCAUCACAAUGGUUGCGAACCUUAGUCUUUAUGCUGUUGCUUUUGUGGUAUUCAAGUUCAAUACUAGGCGUUCGAUUAUUGAAGUUGAGUAUCAGUACCGCUGGAUAGCUUAUUCAUCAAUCUUCAUUGGUUGCUGCUUUGUCGGCAUCUUUUAUCUCGGAACUGCAGAGCCAAGAUUAAAAAGAGGAGCCGGUGAAAAAGGUUAUGCCAGAAUUUCUUGGACAUACUGGUUUCGUAAGUUGUUAUACCACCAAGUAGCACUCGUAUACGUGCUAACUAGACUUGUCACAAAUGUAUCACAGGCAUUUCUUGCUUUUUAUGUUGUCAAUGAGCUGAAUAUGGACCAAUCUUCCAAAGCUGUGGUGCCCGCUGUCAUCUAUGUAUGCAGCUUCGUCACAUCAAUCAUCCUACAGGAGAUGGCGUGGAGUAGUCAUAGGUUGAAGGUUGCCUAUUCCGCUGGGGGCCUUCUGUGGAUGAUUUCUGGUGUUGUCGUCCUCUUUUUGCCGAGCAGCAUGAAAUAUUUCAUGUACCUUAUAUCAGUAGUGAUUGGAGUGGCAAAUGCCUUGAUGAUGGUGUCCGGGAUGAGCAUGCAGAGCUUCCUAGUCGGUGGAGAUCUCAACGGAUGUGCCUUUGUAUACGGAUCAUUGAGCUUUUUGGACAAAAUAAUAUGUGGAAUAGCGUUAACCGUCCUUGAGUCAUAUCAAAGCUCAACCCCGGACGAAGUGCAUAAAGACAAUCCCAUAUUCGCUCUGUCUGCCACCAGAUACGGGUUGGGGCUUGUUCCAUCUGUCUCUGCACUGGCUGGUAUACUAGUGACACUUAGCAUGAAUCUUCCCGAGACGACCAUAACACCUCUACUAGCUCCUCUGCUGGAAUAG